AUGACGGAAGGGGAGCACCUUUCUUGGCUUCGAGGCCCGCUUCCGCCAUUAUCAGAUGCAGUUCUAGAAAGCCAUUUAGUUAAUCCGUCUCAUAUUGUACAAAAAGUGCAUGAUUCGACACCAUUUCGCUCACCACCUUCAGAAAAAGAAGAAAAAUCACAAAGAAAUAAAAAGCCGAAAGCACUUCCAAAGUAUGAUCCCGUACCACCUCGUUCUAGAACUCAGCUUGAACCGAUUUAUUCAACAAAUCCACAAGUUCCUUUUUCAUACAAACCUCCUCCAAUUGAAUCAAUGAUUGGUGGACAACCAAAAGUUGUUACACAAUUCGUAAAACCACCAGCUUUUGGAAAUGAUGGGAAAAUAAUGUUAAGACAAGAGAUUCAACAGAUAUCAAGUCAAUUAGAUGAAGAGAUACAAAAGUUUAUGCCGAUCAAUCCUGCAAAUGAUAAAGAAAAACUCGAAAUUACAUAUAAAUUAUUACAAAUCCACAAUAUCGCAAUGAAUCAACUCAUUUUAUUAGAUAAAACAACAUGCAGUGAAAGAGCAAUACUUUUACGUAGACUUCAAACGUUUUACAAAGAGAUUAUUGAAGAUAUUCCUUCAUAUUUUACUGCCUAUGAACAAGAAAUUGCAAAUUUGCGUGUACAACUCGAAGAACUUUCCAAAGAUCGCGAUAAAUGCAAAACAGAGUCAGAAAAUCUUACAAUAGACAUAGAUUCAAUAAAAACUAAAAUUGAAACAUUACAAAAGCAAAAUGAAGAUCUAAUCAAAAUGUCCAACGAUAAAGAUGUCGAAAUACAAGUCAGAGAUGAUAAAAUUACCAUGUUAACCGUUUCAUUGCAAGGAUCUCAAAUCCAAGCGAAAGAAAAUGCUUCCAAAGCCGAAAGUUUCGAGCGUAUGUACCACAAAUCCGUUGAAGAAUCCAAGCAGCAGCUCGAAGUCAUUGAGAAAUUCUCACAACAAAUCAAAGCCGUAGAAGAUGGAAAUUCCGGAGUUGUUUGGGACCUCAGAAAAGCGGAAGUCCGAAUUAAAGAGCUAGAACAGCAGAACCAAGCCUUGAACAGAUCAGUCUACAAUCUCCAGAACGUUCCUAAAGACGACAAAUGCGUAGACACAAGUGAUUUGCCGCCACCUCCAAAAUCAAAGAAGAAAAAGAAACCGCAAAAUGUCGCAACGGAUUCUGUUGGCCAAAUCGUUCAACAAGCGGCAAAUAUCGCUCCAAGUGUGUCAAUUGGCGGUUUUGCCCCUUUACGUGGCAGAAUUCCGUCAAAUGUGUCACUUUUGCAGUUAAGUUCUGGUGGCAAUUCCACCAAUCCGUUUAUAUCUGAACAGCCAUCAAUGGUUCGCCGUGCAUCGAACAAAGACAAAGAGACACAAACUGAUAAAAUAGAAACAUCAGAAAUUGAAGUUCAAACUGAUCCAGUUAAUAUCAUUAUGUUACCAGAAGAAAAAGAAGAGAAACAAGAAGAAGAAGAAAAACAUGAAGGACCUGCAACAGAAAUGAUUGUUGAAAACAUACAAAACGAAACAAUUUUGGAUAUUUGGAAAGUUGAUUUUAACCGAGUAAAUGGUUAUGAUAUAACUAAAGAAGAAUUAGAUAAAAUCCCUGAUUUGUUCCCAACAUUAGUUCCUGUAUUUGGACAGCCGUUCAAGAGCCCAGAAACAAGAGAAUUGGAUAGACUAAACAUAGGAAAACUUGAAGGAGUUAAGAGACAAGAUAGACCUUUAGUUUGGGCUUUCCAAUUAAUUCAUAACUUUUUAACAGAUACUUUUGUCAGAUCUGUUGAAGCAAUGCAAUUACAAUAUGGAGAAGCAAUAUUUGUUGAAUGGCUUUCAAGACAAUUCCGGCUUCCUCACAUUGUCAAUCAGAUUUGUGCUGAUGUUUCUUUGUUGUUAUUUACAACAAGAAAUGUUGAACCAUUCAUGAAAUUCUUCUCAAAUAUGAUGGAAAAUUUCUUUACAUAUCCACAGAUUUGUUUUAUUUCUUUGUUGUAUUCUUUCACUGUUAACUUGACAUAUCCUAAUCUCCUGAAGAUGAUACAGGACUAUAAUCUGGCUGAAGAACACACAAACAUUUGUAUCCACAUGAGAACUGCUUUUACUGUUUUAAGUCGUUGUUUAUCUCCUGGUUUGGCUUCAACUUUUAUCAGACAAAAAGUUAUGCCUGAACAACCGAUGUGGAAAUUGUUUGAUUUCAUGACACAGAGUGCAACAUUCUUCUUGGAUAAGCACCAACACAUUUACCAGUCAACUGUUUCUAUCCUUCAAUUGUGUGGUCAUUCUUCUGACUCUUCUUUGAUAACUUAUGAUGUUUUUAAUAAAUUCAUGUGUUUGAUGGAUUCAGUUCAAGAUCAUUCGAAAUGGUGGAAUAACUUGAUGCAGCAGAACCAUACAAGUGGUGUAGAUAUGCUUGGACUGAUAUCUAUUUGUGCAGAAAGAAAGAGGCCUUUGAUAGAACUCUUUAGAUUAGAUAACAUGAAACCUUCAAUGGAUAAAUUUAAAGGUUUAUCGACAGCUUUGUAUGAAUACUAUAUGUCGUUUAUAGAGAGAUUCGCUGUUACUAUACCGAAAAUAUUAGACAAAAGCCCUGCCCAGCUUUUGGAGAAAUUGGAAAGAGUUAUUCCGAAAAUUAGAAAUGAUUUGUUGACAAUUAACUUUGCUUCGUUCUCCUGGCACUACAGAGUGUUCUUAAAUAUAACAGAUACAACGAUGCUUAACGUUGUUCACCAGAUUCCAUUCAGAUUGGAUUCUGAUGAUAAAACUUAUAAGGAAAUUAAUGAUUACUUCACGAUGUGCGAGCGCGUUUCUUUUGCUUUGUUCGAAUAA